GUUCCAAAAGGCUUGGUGACUGAAGAAGAAGAGGGACUUAACAAGGGGAACAUAUAUAUAGCAAAGACAAGCCCACCAGUUGUGUUUAAGCAAUACUUGGAGCAAUUCAAAAGGGACUUCACAGUCUUUUUGAGGUCACGUGCAGAAGAGCUUGUCCCAGGAGGCAGUAUGGUACUCACAACCACUGGCAGCAUAAAGAGUCAUGAUCCCCUCUGCAUUUGGGAAUUUGUAGGAGUGAAACUCAAUGACAUGGUUUUAGAGGGUUUGAUUGAAGAGGAAAAAUUGGACACAUUCAAUAUGCCAUACUAUGCACCUACAACCAAGGAGAUCGAAGAGGUGAUCGAGGCUGAAGGAUCUUUGAUUUUGCAAAACCUUGAAGUUUUCAAAAAUGAUUGGGACUCUUAUAUAAACCAAGCUAACAGUGGCCUUGAUAAGAAGACAAGGGCUGCAAUAUUUGCCACUGACAUAAGGGCUGUGGGAGAGCCGAUUUUGGCGAGCCAAUUCGGAGAAGCACCCAUGGACGAUUUGUUUCGUAGGUUUGAAGCAGAUGUUCUUGAUCACAUGGAAAGGGAGAACUACCAGUUCAUUAACCUGGUUAUCUCGUUAACAAAAAAGCGUUGAGAUGAAUA